CAUCUGCCAAACACAAUAUUAUAAGAAAUGAAUUAUACCCUGCGAGGUUAAAGCUCAACACAAUAGAUCAAUUUAUAAAAGUGCCUCUUUUUUCUUACACGCUGUACCGGGUGUCCCAAAAGAGUAGUGAUACUAAAGAAAUUAUCCUCAUGUAAUAUAUUGUUGUAAUUUGAAUGGCUGAACAGUAUGCUUAACGGUUACGCUGCAUACACUUCUGCUUCUGGAAUUAAAGCAAAUUCCUAUCCUUAUUAAAGUCAAAUUAUAAGUACAUCAUUCAAUUGGACGGGGCAACAAUAAUGGUUCGACUCACUAUGCCGAAGAAUAGAUAUUUCGUUUAAUGCACAACACAUGCGUGACUUUCAGUAUGGUAAUAGGACUAGGAGAUAUUACGUUGAGUGAGAUAAGUUUGUCAUCCUGAAGCAAAAGUUUAUACAUGCAUGCAUGAGAGUUUAAUUUGCAUAUAUAUUUAGUACCUGCUCAGACAAAGGUAUAAAGGUAACGAAAAUGUAAUGAAAAAUAUGGAACUAGACCUUCUCGAAGGAUGAAAAUUGGUGAAAAUUGCCAAAUUUUUCGUUCCUACUCAAAACCAGAUUGGACGAAGUGAUAAUCACAGUGCAAGGUUAUCUGCAGCACUGCAGCAGGCGUUUAGGUCGACCCGGCCGGCAAAUUUGCCCAUGCACCGGAACUGGUAUAUAAUGAAAUUGACUUAGAAAAUUCAAUUAAUCAUGUUCUGGCUUCUCCAACUGUGAAAGUUAAGAGUUUGGUUUGUCCGUCAAUGUGUUUGCGAUGAGGUUGUGCAAGAAGGAAACGGGAUUGUAUUGGUUUGUUCAUUGUGUCGUGUGGAUUGGGAUUGCUCUACCAACAGUAUUCUUUCUGUUGCGGAUAAAUCAUCCCAGACACGAUGAAAUAAAGACGGAACCUAUUAGUCCUAACAACACACACGGUGAAGUUAAAGAAAAUGUCACAUCAAUGGCAGGACACAAAAGAUGCAGAGAUUAUUAUCAGCCCAGAUGCUCCGGUAUUGUCGACCCCUUGCUGAUUGCUGAUGAAGAACUGGAAGAAUUUUUGAACGCAAUCUCAAUUACAAAAGAACACAAUUCGACGUGUAAUACGACUCUUGAAAAAACGUUAUGUAUAAAGAAACAUCUCGCUUAUUAUUAUCAUUGCAACAAUGGAAGUUCUGGAGCAGCCAUUGCAAAGCUUGAAACUCAACUGGUUAACGAAACGAAUAAGUUUUGUAAAACUUGUUAUUCGUACAUCAAAAGCAAUAUUUCACUUCAAAAAGGGAGAUAUAAUUGGUUAAAAAAUAUGAGUUGUAUAAGUGAACUGCUGCAUAAAGGCACAACAGAAGAAAGAAACUUCAGCUCUUGUCUACAUCCAUUGGUAAAGGAUGAGAAUGGCACAUGUCGUAUUCCAUGUGAUUGGUCUUUGAUGAGUCCACGACUACGUGAUAUUUACUACGCUGUUAUGGUUUUUAAUUUUUGGGCUGCACUUAUUACAACUGUCAUUACAUUGGCAACACUUGCAUCUUUCUCUAAAAUGCGUGAAUAUCCACACAUUGUCCGCUUUUAUAUUCUGAUUUGUUCAGCAAUGUAUGCAACAUCCAGUUUACUGCCCUUUCGUAUUGGUCUUGCUAAAGUAUACUGUGGAAAGGAACAAUUUUGGAACGAAGAUGGACAUAGCACGAUACCAACUGUUAUUGAAGGAUUUAUAUCUCACUACUUUUUCCUGGCAUUUUGUUUCUGGUCGUUAUGUUAUGUCGUCAACGCGUAUUCUGUCAUCAUCAGACGGGCACACAAGAUUUUUGACAAGAGAUGCAAAUACCAUCUUAUCCAAUUUUCUAUCUGUUCACUUCUUCCUGCUCUGUUAGUUGCCCUCAAUAUGGCAAUCAAACAGCCUGGAUACAAGUCACUGUUCAUAGAUCGAAUGACGUCAGUCUUCACGUCCCCAGUACUUGAGUAUGUGACAUUUACAUUACCGGUGCAAGUGGCUAUUGGCAUUUCCGUAUCUCUUCUUUGGUCUAUAAUACGUUUCGUAAGGAAGGUGAGGCAAAAUAACACAACUAUUCAAGCAGUUCGUCCGGAUGAUGAUAUAAAAGGAUUCAUCCAUGCCGAACAUCAGUUCAUAAAACUUGCUGCAUUAUUUAUCGCAACAGUCGCCGUUGUAUUAUCUUCUGAAGUUGUACUGACUUAUCGAAAUGAGGAGUAUAUACAUAAAGUCCACGAAUACUUCGAGUGCUUAAAGACAUACGACAAAAACUGCCCAAGACCCGAGGUUCAAAUAUUCUUCCUCUCCAGCGUAAGAAUAUGUGGCCCUGGCAUUUACUGCCUGUUGAAUUUCUUCUUACUGUUCUUCAACAAAGACACUCGAAGGGUGUGGAGAAAAUGGUUACAGUUUGGCUACAGCAUAGUAUUCUGCAAGCGAAUGGAAAAAGACGCUGAAGAUACUAAAACUGCAGAACGUUUGACCACAACAUAUACGUUAAAUACAAAUGGCAGUUUUAAUUCACUACAGAGGUUCUCACCGAACACAAUAUGUCAAAGCAACACGCUAACAAAAGCAGUACAUCUUAACACACUUCGUUCAAACAGUAGACCAAUCGCCGGGUCAAUUACUCCAAAAGAAGAUUGCCCAUUAAACAUUAACGGCGAUACCAGCUAGCAAGUAAAAAGGAGUGUACGCAACGUAGAUGCCUAUUUAAUGCUUUAAUAAUUCAUUCACAUCGGGAAAUACCAUGAUGAAGAUAUUAAAAUAAUUCAGGAAUCAAUGGAUGGAAAUAAUUAUUGAGAUAUUUUUCACCGCGAUUUAAAUGCUUGCAAAAGAUUACUGGUAUUAGACACCGAUAAUUCUUCCUAUAUUUAUGAGCUGUCGUCAUAUUUUUUGUCCCCGUGACACAUUGUGAUGUAUAUUCUAAAAUAAAAUGAUCAGUAUUGUGUGUGUAGAUGAAAAAAAGUCCACCUUGCACUGCUGCAAUAAUGUGUAUAGAAUGUAAUGUAUAGAAUGUAAUGUAUAGGUAAUAUUAAUAUUAAAAUAUAUUUACUUAGGUAACGGUAUAUAGUAGUUUUUUUUAAUGAAUAGCAGCGACAGUGCAUGGUAACGUCGGCAAUAAACUUAUUAACAUCUCGAAUUCAAGUUUCAAAUAGCUUAUCAUCUGUAAGAAUGAUUAACGGUACUAUAUGCAGCACGAUGAUACCAGUGAUGACACAAGAAACCCCGACUUGUAAAUUAUGAGAACUUGUAUUUCUUAAGAUAAAAGAGAGUUUUGACCAUUUAUCCCUAUUAUUUUUCUAAAGAACCGCGCCAAUCGCAGUUCGCAGGAUUAAGAUAUACGGCUUACUUGUGGAAUGACCGAACUACAGUUGUAAUCUAAGUGGUCAAAUUCCGAAAAAAAAUUUGCGCAAUGCUUGUAAGUUAACGGAAUUUUAAAAAUGAGCAAAAAUUAAAUUAACAUGUCAAGAUGUCGGGGGCGAUGAACUGGA